AUGUUUAGAUCCAUUGCUACUCGAGUUGUGCACAACACUCGCUCUCCUGUCAUCAACAAUGCCAGAUUCUUGGCCUCUCAAAGCAGUUCCGCUACAUCUGCCAUUUCCUUCAAGAAGCAUAUUCGUCAACGUCGUUUUGCUCCUGUCCCUAUUGUGCCUCAACCUACUGUCGAAGAUGCAGUAACCAACAUUCUCUACAACACACCUGCUCCCAGUCUCCAGCCAGAGACUCGUCAUGUUCUGAACUGUUUGGUUCAAAACGAACCUGGUGUCCUCAGUCGUGUGUCUGGUAUCUUGGCUGCUCGUGGAUUCAACAUUGAGUCGCUUGUUGUAGCCAAUACUGAGGUGGAGGAUCUCAGUCGUAUGACCAUUGUCUUUAACGGUAGAAAUGUGCAAAUUGAACAAGCUAGACGUCAAUUGGAAGAUUUGGUUCCUGUUUGGGCUGUAUUAGAUUACUCAAAGACAAAGCUGGUUGAGCGCGAACUUUUGCUGAUCAAGGUUUCAAUUCUUGGCCCUGAGCAUUUACAUGAGCAAUUGCCUACCGCCAAAUUGGAUGAUGAUGUUGAAUACGAGGACGAGCUCCUCAAUCGUUACAAGAAUCAAUCUGCCACUGGCUCUUCUGAUACCCUUCGUGAAACAUUCUCUCAUUUGCGUGCCUUGACAGAACUUACUCGUCUCUUUGACGGUAAGGUCGUUGAUGUGUCCUCAGAUUCUGUCAUUAUCGAAUUGUGUGCCAAGUCGAGUAGAUUAUCUUCAUUCAUGAAGCUUUGCAAACCUUUUGGUAUCCUCGAAGCUUCAAGAACUGGUAUUAUGGCUAUGCCUAGAUCUCCCGUUCACGAUCAUUAUGAACCUCAAACUGAACAUUCAUACGAGGAUUCUGAUGUUGUUGAUGCCUCUUUGCUUCCUCCUGGAUAA